AUGAGUCAAGGUAUUAUUCAGAAUUUCGAAUACAUUGCAGCUCAUAUAUGCGAUUACAUUAAGGAAAAUAAUUUCUUUGAUGUAUUUGAAAUAGAAGACAUCAAAAAGAUCUUGAAAAUUUCAAAUUUAACAACUAAUGACUUCAUUGCCCUUGUUCAGCAGUCUCAUCAAACUAUCAAAGCAAAUGAAUUAUAUAUUUGUAUUCGAAAUACCAAUAUUUCUAUCCAAAACAUGGAAGAUGUUAUUUCAGUUCUGAAAUCUUUAAAAAAGUAUAUGAAACUGGAGAUGCUUAAUGGAGUUAUUGAUUUUUUAGAUCACAAAGAGAAAGAAACAUCUGAUCAAAAUGAGAUUAAUGAAGAAAACGCUAGAUUAAGAGCUGAAAUAGAUGAAGAUGACAACAAACAGAAAGAAAUUAUAUCAAAAAUUGCAGAACUGAAAAAUUCCGAUGAUUUUGAACGUGUCUACAAUUUCCUCGAUGAACUUUCUUCUCAAGAAAAUCAAAAAAUGAUGUUAAGAGCUUGUGAAGAAGGACUUUGGAAAAAGAAAAUUUCAAGUGGAUCAUUAAACAGGGCUGAACGAAAUAUACUUCUUAUGGCAUGCCAAAGAGGAAAUCUCAAACUCGUUAAAUCUCUCAUUGAAUAUGGAUGUGAUAAAGACAUGCAAGAUAAAUAUAAAGCAACUCCAAUUAUCUUGGCGUCAUGGAAUCCUAAUCCUGAAAUUGUUAAAUUUCUUAUAUCUGUUGGAGCUAAUAAAGAAGCUAAGGAUAAUAUGGGGCGUACUGCACUCAUUUGGGCGUCAUUUUUUGAUAAUCUUGAAGUUGUAAAAUAUCUUAUUUCCGUUGGUUGCAAUAAAGGAGCAAUAGAUAAUAAAGGAACAACUGUUCUCACUGCUGCAAAAACCAAAGUAAGAAAUUAUCUGAUUUCUGAGUUAGGUAUGAAAUCUGAUUAA